UUCAAUAAUGAUUUUUCCUUUCACAAAAAUUAAACAGCGAGAGGAAUUACGGCAGGUUAUACGGCAUACUUCAAUUUGGUUAAAUUAGUUUAAAUGGUCAAUUAAAUUUACAAAUUGGUAGAUAAAUUAAUUCGCUUAGUGAAUUUGGGUGAUGCAUAGUUGGUGAUAUUAUAAAUUGGUCAUAUUAAUCAUCAUCAAAGUUCAGAGAAAUGGGGUCCCUUUUCCGCAGUGAGGAAAUGACCCUGUGUCAACUUUUCCUUCAAAGUGAGGCUGCUUAUGCCUGUGUGUCCGAAUUAGGUGAACUUGGUUUAGUGCAAUUUAGAGACUUGAAUCCAGAUGUGAAUGCAUUUCAAAGAAAAUUUGUCAACGAAGUAAGGCGUUGUGAUGAAAUGGAAAGAAAGCUACGGUACUUGGAAAAAGAAAUCAAGAAGGACGGUAUACCUAUGCUUGACACUGGCGAAAACCCGGAAGCGCCCCAGCCGAGAGAAAUGAUCGAUCUUGAGGCAACUUUUGAGAAAUUAGAAAACGAACUCCGAGAAGUGAAUCAAAAUGCAGAGGCAUUGAAACGAAAUUUCUUGGAAUUAACGGAGUUAAAGCAGAUCUUACGAAAAACCCAAGUAUUUUUUGACGAGAGGAAUUCUCAAUGGGUUACUUGUUGUUUGUUGUUGUGUUGUCAGCCUGGUAGCACAGUCUGCCAGUAUAAUUAAAUAGCUUCUUUCAUACAGGGUUGCAAUAUCCCAUUCCUCAUUCCAGCGAUACGAAUAUGCUUUUGUUAACACAUCAAGUUUAUCUCGUCACAUAUUUGGUUUUAAUUUCAUUAUCUGGACACAUUUACUCUUAUCAUCUGCUUUUGUACGUCAUUUCUGUUGCUAUUUAUCGUUAGAUAAUUCUUUAAUUCCAGUUAAAAUAGGACAUUAUUUCCUUAAUUAUAUUCAACUUUUUGCAUGCCUAUAUUUGGAAUUUUUGUUAUUCGUUUAAGGUUUAUUUUAUUUAUGUAGUGGGAUAAUAUUGACUUUCUAAUCGAUCACUACCUCCUCGGUUCCAGUUGAUUUUGUUGCUUGAUUGCUUUUGCAUGUAGCUUUUUAAGAUUCCUUCAUUUCCAAGUAAUUCAUUGUUUUACUCAGUUUUAAACGUACCUAAGGUAUUAGUUUUAUUUUUGUUAUAUAUUUUGAAUUUUUCAAUUUUAUAGCUAACGAACAUUUAUAAAGUGAAUUUUUUAAGGAUGCUGAUGUUUUACAAUCUACCCACUAGAAAAUUCAAUUUUUCAAUCCUCUCAAUUUGUACAGGAUGGUAUCGGUGAGAGAUACAGUGUAGGGUAACAUUUUUGUGACUUUAAAAUACGCAUUUGAAGUUUUUGAAAAAUCUUUGAAAAGUACAGAGCUAUCUCCAAAAAACUGAAAAUGACAGAUUUUGUUCUUAUUUUAUCUAUCUGAAACCGUCGGAAAUGAACGGUUCCUGCUAGCACCGUCUGAGGGCACUUUCUUCUGGAGAAUCUGAAUCUGUUAGAAUUAUCCAUUGACAUGCUAGUUUUUGAAGCUCUUAUUUUUUAUGGGCGCCAUGUUGGAUUUUCACAAAAUGAGAUAGAAAACAAAUAAAGAAAAAUGAAAAAAAGGUUUUCGCUUUAAGGCGCAUUUUCCAUGAAUUGAUCAUUACUUCCCAAAAGCUCAUGUAUCUAUAAAUUAGUUGACAUCGCGCCGUUUGAGCAUGCGCACAUCUGAUUUUUACAAUAUGCGAUAUGCUUGCCUUUACUAGAAUCAUCUCUGUUAAUAUUUAAAAAUACAUGUCUCUAUAAAUAAGAAAGAUGACUUUGCGCAUGCGCACAUUUAAUUUUUAGAAUAUACGAUAUUAUGCUUGUUUUGACAUCUCUGGUUAAAAUUUCAAAAAAUCUAUAAGAAAUAUGAGUUUGCGUAUGCGCACAUUUGAAUUUUACAGUAUGCGAUAUGCUUGUCUUUACUAGAAGCAUCUGUGCUCAUAAUUUCAAAAAAAUAUCUCCAGAUUGUUCUUGGUUGUGGUGCCGGAUCUAUAAGUUACUGAAUGCAAAGCCAGAACAGCGCCUUUCCACAUGAGUUGGAAAACGUGCUAGACAAAUAAUAACGUGUCGCGCUCUUACAUUUACAUAAAUUUACAAGAAAAAUUUCAAUAAAUCAACUGUUUUGACAUUCAUUUCUCAACAAAACAUCCACAAAUAACUAGAUCAACAUAGCUUUGAUGGCGAUGCAUUCAAAUGAAUUCCUUUUUUUGUCCCUCGUCUCAUUCCAUAAAAAUCCAAUAUGGCGUCCAUAAGAAAUAAGAAGUAUAAUAGUGGAAAUUAUGAAAACCGAAUCUGAUUCUCCAAAAAAGUGCCCAUAGAAGGUGCUAACGGAAACCGUCCAUAUCCGACCGUUUAAGCUAGGGAAAAAAUUUCAAAUGCGUUUUUUUAGUUACAAAAGGGGCAACUUUACCACCGUUGGACAUCACUGUAUCUCCCACCGUUAUAGAAAUCCCAAUGGUGAGCUACGAAUUUGAACUACCCUGUACUGUAGUGAUUCAAGAAAUGUGGCAAACUAGUGAAUUCAUAAAUAAGUUUAUAAGCGCAAACUUUUGAACCUUAUCAAGAUGUUAAAAUCAUGUUAAGAGAGGUAAAAAUCAUUGUUAUGAUCAAUAGUACCUAUUUUGUUAUGUAAGUCAUAGAUUAAUUGCAAAAAUUUGUAAACAGCCAUGGUUGCGAUAUGCUCUGUAUGCGGUGAUGUUUUAAUACUUCCAUUUUUGUACAGAGCUUAACAUACUUUUACCUGAUCUAUAAAAGGUGCAUUUCCCCACUCUGUUUUCUUCUUAACCUUUUUCUAGUUUCUUUUACUACCACUCACUCUGUCUUUUACUUCUUUGAUAACUUUAUGCUGUUAAUACUCAAGCAACCGUCGUGCUAUAACAAACUCUCUUUUCCACUAACCACUCGGUAGUGACAGUAAGUAAAAUAAGUUUGCUAAAAUCUAACUAAAAUCGUACAACCUCUCGCAUUGUUUUCCUAUACCUAUGUGAUCCUGUAUGGCAAACUGCAUGGCUCAUAUUUUGAAAUGGAAAAAAAUAAUUGCGGAGCCGAUAGAGGUUAGGGAUAGGUUAGGUGACUGGCGAUGUGU